AAAAAAAAAUCGGUUUGCCGAAUUUGUCUUGCGCUCUGAUGGUCUGACAUCUUAAAUAUUGUUGUCCUUUUCAUUGCCAAUUGUUAUCAACUCGAGUGUGAAGAGAUUCCCUUGGAUUAAGCAACAGCAGGUGAUAUCUCAUUUCCCCUCGUCAUUCAAUUCAAAAGUGAAAACGUGGCGGCAAAUUGGUUACACUUCAGCGGAAUCGAUCGGAAUUCAUCGGCAGAAUUCCGCGUGAUUUAUCCGAAAUUAUUGAAUUUUCGGGUAAUUGAGGUGUUGGGUAAUCUCUGGAGGAAGGGAAAGGAGAAAGGAGGAAGUCUGUUGGAUCCAUGGGCUUAGGACAGGGGUCCGUUCAUUCGGAAUGGGACAGUUGGUCUUGGCAUUGCAGAGUGUAAUCACAGGUUGACAGUCAAGUAGUCACGGAUUAAUUGUAAUUAUUCAGAAGUCAUGGGAGCCCUCAUCCUCUUCUGGAUCUAUGCACUGACAUUGGCUUCGGCUUCCGCGAGUCUUGCUCCGAUUGUAGUCUUCGAUCCGGCCAUCAAAGCUCAUCAGAAAUACGCGAAUCACCUGCCGAGAGACCAACACUCGUCAGACUCUCACAACCGCAUCAUCUCCGAGAGAAUCUUUCCAACCGAGAUUCGCAGAAAAACUGACAGCGCAAAGAUCCUCGACUUUCCGGAAGGGUAUGAGCCCGGGAAAAUCCUUGUCAGAGCGAAAGAACAAGGUAACUUCCAGGAAAACAAGGACUUCUCAGAGAAACUUCGUCCUUACAAGUUAAAUAAUCCACAACCGUCGGUGAACAUGACUCCGAAAAUACAUCUGCUCGAAAACACCCACGUCAUUCCAAAAAAUCCCCACAAGAAUAUCGCAGCUACCCAACAACAGUUUCACUACAAUCAUUUGGAAUUGAAUCCCCUGGGAGCUCGAGUUGAGAAAAAUCGUGGAAAUCCCCAGGUACAUGCACACGAGAUUUAUGAAAACGGAUACGAGGUAAGCCCAGUGGUUAAUCCACCGGUACAACGGGUGAAUCCAGUUAAAAGAAACCGUAUUAAUACUGCUAAUGCAAACAUCCUCGACGCAAACUCCAGGAAGGACAUCAAUUAUGAUGAGAUGCUGACGAAAAAAUUCAGGAAAAGUCAGCGGAUCAAUCGACCGGAAGUGAGAGCGGAGUACGAGGACAAUGAUCGACAGAUAAAUCACCACGAUCGGGAUUAUCAUGAGGGAGUUCUGUUGGAUCCUGUGAGGAAACGGAAAACGAAAGGUUCUUCAUUUUUACCGCAGGCUCAGGGUCAAGUCCGGCGACAGGACGAAGAACAUGAUCACGAGGCAGUGGCGGAGUCCACGAAGAAGGAGGACCAUCAGCCAGAGGAACACAAUAAAAAACACGAAGAAGGAGGUGCUGAAGAGGAACAUGAAGACCAUCACGAAGUCGAGGGGGAUGAGGAGAAAAAGGGUUACGACAGCCAUCAUGAGCAUGAAAAAGGUGAAAAUGGUCAUCAUGAUAAAGAGCACCAUGAUAAACAUUACGAGGAGGAGGAAGGAAAGGAGAAUAAACACUCGGAUGAUAGUUCGUAUUAUCAGCAUUAUGAUAGCGGUGAGAAAAAGGAAAAGGCGGACGCAUUUGAGGAAGAUGGAAAAUUCAAUAAGGGUCAUAGUACCAAGGGCAAUCAUGUGGUCCAUAAAAAGGAUGAAUACGAGAAAGUAGAGGAAUUCUACGACGAGUCCCACGAUGAGGAUGAUCACGAGAAAGAGGGAGGAUAUCACCACAAGUUCGAGAAAGAAAACGGCGGAAGUGAAAAAUCCGGGCACUACGAUGCGGGAGAGGAAUACGAAGAGCACGGAAAAAAGAGCGAACAUGAGAAAGGCCACCACUACAAGGACAAAAAGGGCCACAACCACCAGGAAGGCGACGAGAAGCAUCACGAGGAGGCGAGCAAAUACGGGAAAAAGGGUGGACACGAGGACGGAAAAAAAUGGGAAUACAAAGAGUCCCACUAACUCGAAAAUAUCCACUCUAUUAUCAAAUUAAUUGUUUCUCCCUCCCUUAUUUUUCCAAAAGACAUAAUCAACGUAAAAUAGUGCAUUCGCUUUCUUUCUAAAAAUAAAUUUUACCCCUUUCAUAAUUAUCUCAGCCCACGCUCAGUUAAUAAAUUUCUUUCUGAAUUACGAGUGAGAAGAAAGUAAGCUGGGGUCGUUUCAC